AUGUGGAUGUUUACUUUGCUGGCGCUGUCGCGUUUCGUCGUGGCCGGUCCAGACAACAGUUCACAAGCCGAAAAUUAUGCGGGGCCAACGUAUGUCAUCUAUAACAAGCUAUAUGGUGCUCUCGACAAAACUAUCAGCAAAGAGUGGGCUUUUGGCAAGGAGACGGUUACGAUGAACACGUGCCUGGCAGAGCCGACCAAGCUGAAAAACUGGGAGCCAGCGCGUACCGAAGAUUGGAUGUAUUUCAUUACCUCAUACAGGAACAAUACACCAACGAGCACAGCGACCAACCUGCCGUAUCCAUUGCCGACCGCUUUGAACGCACCAGUGACGACGUACGAAUCGACGUCCACGCACGUCACUGUAGCAGGAUGCCUCAGAUGCCAGAACACCAAGCCACCGCCUGCGGCUACGCCAAACGUUCAGAGCUUUUCGGAGCAGGGACACAACGCUGCGCCUGAGCCUACACAGGAUGUUAAUCAGCAUGGACAAACGAAGCCAAACACACCUCAGCAGGGUGACGGACAGGGCGGACCAAACGCUGGUGAUGGAAAUUCGAACGGGGGCAAUGCAAAUGGCGGCAAUUCAAAUGGCGGCAACUCGAACGGGGGCAAUUCAAACGGCGGCAACUCGAAUGAUGGUAGUUCGAAUGGUAACAAUUCAAACGAUCAGCGUCCGCCCGGUAACCCAGUUGUUAUCGGUGGUAGCACCUUCACAGUCAGGCCAGGACAGUCCACCCCAGCCCCUGACAGGCCAGGUAAUCAGAAUCAGCCGCCACCUGUAGUCGUCAUCGGAUCGCAGACACUUACCCAGGGGCAAUCGACAAUUAUCAACGGCGUCCCUGUCGUCGUGCCAUCCGACGCUGGUGGCUCGCAAGUAGUAAUUGGCGGCACAUCAUAUCCCGUCAACAAUGGCCCAACAGCUGCCCCCGUCCUGACCGUCGGACAGAGCACAGUGACCGCCAACCCCGAAGGUCAAUUCAUCGUAGGCUCGGAAACACUCAAACCUGGCGGCCCAGCCCUCACCAUCGACGGCAGCACAGUGAGUCUAGGACCCGGCGGCGGCAUCGCCAUCAUCAACGGCGCAACACAAACUCUCGCAAAUGCGCCCGUUAUCACAUCUCCACCCGCCAUCACUGUCGAUGGACGCAUCAUCCCCGCGACAGUAGUAGGAGGGACGACGCAACUUGUCAUCGCCGGCCAGACCCUUGUCCCCGGCGGUCCUGCAAUCACCGUGGACGGCACAACAUACAGCCUCCCAAGCGGCACCCAACUCCUUGCCAACGGCAUCCCACUGACGGGUCAAACCAUCGGCUCCACAUCCGUCCUUGACGGCACAACAGCAUACAUCCUCGGCCCCUCCGCAACCCUCACGCCCGGCGCCGCCCUCACGCUCUCAGGCACAACAUACUCCAUGCCCCCCGGCGCUCCGUCCGUUAUCAUCAUCAACGGCAUGACGUCCACCCUCGCGCGCACCACCCCCGCGCCCGCACUUACCAUCGCAGGCAAAACAUACACCCCCGCGACCCGCGCUGGCACGCUCGAGUACGUCCUAGCCCAGGGCACCACGCUGCGACCCGGACAGGCCGUCACCCUCGGUGGCACGACCUAUAGUCUCGACCCGGCGGACGAGCAGUGUUGCGAGGGGCCCGGCGAGUACGAGCGCGAGCACGACGGGGAGCAGGAAUGUAGGGGAUUUUAUUUGGAGUGGGAUUGGAGGGGGUGCUGGGGGGAGUACGAGUCGAGCGGGUGCGGAGGGGAGGACGAGGGGAGUAGACAUGUGGGUUGA